UGCAGCCACACACCGCGCGGGAGGAUGAACCUGGAGCGGCUGAGGAAGCGGGUGCGGCAGUACAUCGACCAGCAGCAGUAUCAAAGUGCCCUGUUUUGGGCAGACAAAGUAGCUUCACUGUCUCAUGAGGAACCACAAGAUAUCUACUGGUUGGCCCAAUGUCUUUACCUAACAGCUCAGUAUCAUAGGGCAGCACAUGCCCUUCGAUCGCGUAAGUUGGAUAAGUUAUAUGAAGCAUGUCGCUACCUUGCAGCUAGAUGUCAUUAUGCUGCAAAAGAACAUCAACAGGCUCUGGAUAUUCUUGAUAUGGAAGAGCCAAUCAACAAAAGACUUUUUGAAAAGUACUUGAAGGAUGAAAGUGGAUUGAAAGACUCUACCACAGACUGGGAGAUGUCACAAUCCUCUAUCAAGAGCUCUAUAUGCCUUUUGCGAGGGAAGAUCUAUGAUGCUUUGGAUAAUAGAACCCUAGCAACAUACAGCUACAAAGAGGCCUUGAAGCUUGAUGUUUACUGCUUUGAAGCAUUUGAUCUUUUAACAUCGCACCAUAUGCUGACGGCACAAGAAGAAAAAGAACUUCUUGAAUCUCUACCUCUUAGUAGACAAUGUACAGAAGAAGAACAAGAAUUGCUUCACUUUUUAUUUGAGAAUAAAUUGAAAAAGUAUAAUAAACCCAGUGAAACACUGAUUCCUGAAUCAGUAGAUGGUCUUCAGGAAAACCUGGAUGUGGUAGUAUCCUUAGCUGAAAGACAUUAUUAUAACUGUGAUUUCAAAAUGUGUUACAAGCUUACUUCGGUAGUGAUGGAAAAAGAUCCUUUCCAUGCAAAUUGUUUACCUGUGCAUAUAGGGACACUUGUGGAGCUUAAUAAAGCGAAUGAGCUUUUCUAUCUUUCUCACAAACUGGUGGACUUGUACCCAAAUAAUCCUGUGUCAUGGUUUGCAGUAGGAUGCUACUAUCUCAUGGUUGGCCACAAAAAUGAACAUGCCAGAAGAUAUCUCAGCAAAGCUACUACACUUGAGAGAACCUACGGACCUGCGUGGAUAGCAUAUGGACAUUCAUUUGCAGUUGAGAGUGAGCAUGACCAAGCAAUGGCUGCAUACUUCACAGCUGCACAGCUCAUGAAAGGAUGUCAUUUGCCAAUGCUCUAUAUUGGACUGGAAUAUGGCUUGACCAACAACUCAAAGUUAGCUGAAAGGUUUUUCAGCCAAGCUUUAAGCAUUGCACCUGAAGAUCCUUUUGUUAUGCAUGAAGUUGGAGUGGUUGCAUUUCAAAACGGAGACUGGAAAACUGCAGAAAAGUGGUUUCUUGAUGCACUGGAAAAAAUCAAAGCUAUUGGAAAUGAGGUAACAGUUGAUAAGUGGGAGCCUUUAUUGAACAACUUAGGACAUGUCUGCAGAAAACUCAAGAAAUACGAAGAAGCACUGGAAUACCAUCGCCAGGCUCUAGUACUAAUUCCUCAAAAUGCUUCUACUUACUCUGCCAUUGGCUACAUCCAUAGUCUAAUGGGUAAUUUUGAAAGCGCAAUCGACUAUUUCCAUACGGCCCUUGGUCUUAGGAGGGAUGACACAUUUUCAGUCACGAUGCUUGGACAUUGCAUAGAAAUGUAUAUUGGUGAUUCUGAAGCCUACAUUGGAACAGAGAUCAAAGACAAAUUAAGAUGUUAUGACUUUGAUGUACACACAAUGAAGACAUUAAAGAACAUAAUUUCACCUCCCUGGGAUUUCAGAGAAUUCGACAUAGAAAGACAAACUCUGGAUGAAAGUGGCAUAGUAACAUUAGAGACAUCACAUCAAAGGAAAAGUACAGAUACCAGUCGCCCAUUGGAAGAAACAUUUGAGAUUGAAAUGAAUGAAAGUGAUAUGAUGUUAGAAACAUCAAUGUCAGACCAUAGUACAUGACCAUAAAUGCUGGUAGAGAGCUCAUUUUGUCGAAGUGUAAUAUGUGUGUUUUAGCAUUUUUGUUAUGGUGUUAUACUUUCAAGAAUUUGCUAUUUUUAUAUGAAUUCAAACUACGACUCUGUACUUAACACCGGAGAAAUAAUGCUUGCCUUAAGGAUGAUUUAAAAGUAUACAUGACGGACUAUUUCUACAAAACUAAUCAUACAUGAUGAAGUAAAAAAAUAAAUUCACUUUUUUUAAAACUGUUUACUGAUCCAUGUGUCUGCCAUCAGUAAGACUGUGAAGAUUUAAAAAUAGUACUUAACAUGGAACCAUUAACAAUGUUGUUAAAUUGAAUAGCCAGUCUAAUACAGUAUUAUUGUGGCUUCUGAGUUUUCAUCCUGUCAGUGAGGAAUGCUUUCCUAGUAACUAGACCAAAAAAAUCCAUGAAGUUUUAUACUUACUACUUUAUAAAUAUGUAUUCCUUUAAGGAACCAUUUCAAUGUUUUUCCAUCAUUUGACUGUAAUUUGGCAUACAUUAAAUUGAUGACAAAGCAUGUUACUUUGUUAUACUUUCUCCUAGUUAUUAAUUUCAGUUCUUUAUCAUUCUGUAUUGUAUUACUGAAAGAUCAUUUAAGACCUGUUUUUGGUAAGCUGACUAGACAACAAACAUGAAUGGCGUAAACGUUAAGGUAAAUCAGUCUUACCCGCAAUUAGUGUUAUAAUAAAGUUGUAAGCCACAGUGUACUACUGUGGGGACUGCAGUCAUUCUCUUUACACAUAGUGUUUUGUCAAUGCAAAGGAUUAACUGAAUAAUACACAUACACAGUUCUUACAAGUCUCUAAAGUGUGGUAUUUUUAAAUGUCACUGGUUCACUGAAAAUGAAGAAGUAAAGCGUAUGCCUCUGAAACAGAAGCAGUGAUUUGUCCAUCCACUGAACAGGACAGGUCUGUUUGCCUUCUUAGCAUGAAUGUUGAAUGUAUUUUGUGUAAAUUUUUCCCUUCCCUUCUCUUCUUGCCUGUUCCACAUACGUCACUGUGUGGGGCUUAAAAUUAAAAACUUAAUGCUACAAGCUGUCAUUAUAUUUUCUUCUGUGACUUCCAGCUAAAUUUUGGCAUUUAAUGUUUAGAAUAGAUUUCCUGAAGUUUAGCAGUCCAGACUUUAGUGUAAAGUAAUUCAGAACACAAGAACUAGCAAUUUUUCUGUAGACAAAGAUUCUUCAUGAACUACAAAAAUUAUUUUUGUUUUAGUCAGCAAAAUAAAAUCAUUGGUCUAAAAUGUAAUUUCUACAUUAUAUCUCAGUACAUUUGUGUUAACAUUUAAACAUGUAUUUUCAAUUAUACUUUUAGCAUAAAAUGUAUAUGUUUGGUUAUUGUGAUAUAAUUUUCAUCUACUUUAUUGGGGGAAGGUAUAAAAAAACCUGACAUAUUAGUGUGAUUCAUGAAAUCUUUCCUAUACCCUUUUUUGGUACUUUAUGUAAAUAAGAGGAGACAAGGGAUGAAUCCCAAGUACCUGUAUUGAAACCUUGCUGUCAUUUUUGCUUUCCAGCAGUCCAUCUUUCUUGAUUAAUGGUCCUUUUAAGACAGACAAUGUUUACUUUUAAUUUUGCCAAUUAAUGGAUAUCGAAGGAUGGGCUGAUACUGUAAACUUCUGAGUGAUGUUUUGUUUUGUUUUGUUUUUUAAUUUUGUAUAGUUUUGCAUAAACUGGAAAAUAUAAACUACUACUACUCAUC